AUGAUGGGUGAUGGCCGUGGUCCAGAAACAGCCCACAGCUUUGGAGGGUUGGUGAAGACGGUUCGCUACGAAGACGCUUCCGAUGGUAUACCCCCGGUCCAAAUCAGAUCGAUCAGUCCACCACCACUACCUCCUGGCUUGGCGCAUUUGUCCGACUCGGCUGCGUCAGUUUCUGGACGACCUGCGACUGCACUUUCCGACGAGCUUAAGAGGGAUUCGGGCAUUGCUUCUUCGGUCGGUCAUGCUUCCAACGCGGAAACCCAGCAGUCUGGGCUGGGGUCCAAUCUAGGCGCGGCACGUGGCUCUACACUUCCUACCAUCAUAGUGCAGGAUGCAGAGUCACCGCCAGCACACGAGCGGAGCAGAUCUCCUUUCCACAGGAAGAAGUCGAAAGAACGGGUGACGGCGAUGAAGGACGAAAUGCAGGGAAUGCAGCGCAUUCGGAGUUUCAAGGGCAUCCAAGCUGAAAUCCCUACAGGUGGAUUCGACGAUAUUCAGUUUGAGGAUCUUGCGUCUGACAAGGUAGGCUUUUCGCAACGUGGCAGUUUAUUGUUUGGAGGGAAGAAGAUGAACGACCUUAUUGCCGCGCAAGGCGAUGGUGUGUCAUAUUCGAGCGGUAUUGUACAGCCGAUCAGGCCGGCAGAUGAGCCUCCGAGGGCUGAGGAGCCAUUUCAGGAGCCAGCCAGCAUACAGCAGUCAAUGGCAGUGCAGGAGUCAGGGCAGUCACAAGGCACACAGGCUUCAGCAAAAGCAGUAAAGGAGGUGCCAGAGACACCAAGGACUGGGUUGGUCAGUGGAAGAAGAAAGCCGAGCGUGCACUUGCUGCAAGCGGCUCUGAACGGGGGCAGAGUCCUAUCUGCUGAGGAGAUCUCUUUCAGUUUGCGUGUCCGAAGCAUGUAUGAGCACGGGGAUGAGCGGGCUGGUGAGUGGGUCAAGCCUGUAAAGACGGCCGUAGUAGACGAGACUUCAGAUGCGACCAAAAACAUGAAAGGCGUCACAAACAACGGAACUGCUGGCACAGCCGCGCACAGCUCGCAGAAACUGCUGGGCGAGAGUAUACGUCGGCCUGCAACUGCUCAAGAUGUUCGUGCUAGCUAUGCGCGGGAUGCGACCGAGAUUGCUGGUGGAAUGGAGGACUGGGACGAAAUUCAUGGAGAGGAUGUUGAUCGGUAUGGCUUUAUCAGUCCUAGUCGCAGCGCUUCGCGACAGUCUACGGCAUCGAACUAUCCACGAGAGAGUGUACAGCGUGUAGCGACAGCUCUCAGGCUCGAAGCCGAAACUCCUCGUCGUGAUCGCAAGCUUCGCCGUGGCAUCUCGAGUGCGCGCUCUGCUCGCUCCGCACGCUCUGCCCCUCCUCGUCCCAGCCAAGAUGACACUCUGCGAAACGCACCGGGCUCGAUGCACAGCUACCGCUCAAACAGAUCAGCACAUGGCCAAUCCACGCCCUUCUUCUCCAAGGAGAGAAAGUUGCUAGCAGGGGCCGCUGAUAUGUUGACUUUGCCACCCGGACUCGCGGACAUUGCUGAACAGGAGGACAAUGGAAAGACUGCGACUGGGCAGAAGCGACGCGAGUGGGCACGUGAUGAGAAGUGGCAAAAGAUGGCCCGGCCUGGCCGGGAGCGGUCUGGUAGUAAAGGCGGUGGCAUGCAUUUUGACUUCGACACGACUGAUCCGAAAUUGGUCAGCCGCACCUGGAAAGGCAUUCCAGAUCGUUGGCGGGCGACUGCAUGGCAUAGUUUCCUUUCGGCCAGUGCUAGGAAACGAGGCAACCAUGUCUCAGAUGAGAAGCUGGUCGAGGAAUUCUACAACAUGCAAGAGCUGAGCUCGGCGGACGACGUUCAGAUCGAUGUCGAUGUACCACGGACCAUCAACAUGCACAUCAUGUUCAGACGACGCUACCGUGGCGGACAGCGUUUGCUGUUCCGCAUUCUACACGCGAUUAGUCUUUACUGCCCGGAACCUGGCUACGUUCAAGGCAUGGCCAGCCUAGCCGCAACUCUCCUAUGUUAUUAUGACGAAGGAAAGGCGUUUGUGAUGAUGGUGCGCUUAUGGCAGCUUCGUGGGCUGGAGCAGCUCUUUCAGUCCGAAUUUGUCGGUCUCAUCGCUGCGCUCAACGAAUUCGAGCGCGAGUGGCUUCGUGGAGGCGACGUCGCGCAGAAGUUGGAAGAGCUUGGUAUCCCGUCCACCUCGUAUGGUACGCGAUGGUAUCUUACGCUCUUCAACUUGAGUGUCCCAUUCCCAGCACAGCUGAGAGUUUGGGAUGUGUUCAUGCUUCUGGGUGACGCACCACUGGGUGUGGCUACUCCUUUCGGCGGCGCUGAUUUGGAUGUUCUCCAUGCGACGAGUGCAGCGCUCAUCGAUGCUACAAGGGAGAUUCUGGUCGAUGCCGAUUUCGAGAACACGAUGAAGGUACUGACUUCUUUCAUACCUAUCAAGGACGAAGACUUGUUGAUGCGCGUCGCGCGUACGGAGUGGAAGAUGAGGAAGAAGAGGGCUGGCACGAGGUAUUGA